UUAGAUUUGUCGGCAUUUUAUGUUUUAAAACAACGCGUACUUUCUUGUUUGGAUAGAUACAUUAAUAUAAGCCGGUUCUAUUGGACGCAUUCCUGCCACUUGGCGUAAAAUUAUUGUUUUGAUAAAAGAAACAUGGCGUCUUCCUUGCUGAAGGUUGCAGUGAAAGGUGUGUCCAGGUGCCUCACUGUUCGCAGCCUAGCAGCCCCACCUCUCACCGUUCCACCUCUCAGAGCCCUCUCCUCAUCCUCCCGGCUUCGUCAGGGGGUGCCCUCGUCGGUCUGGAAGCUGGGCAGGCUGAACCACGUGGCCAUCGCCGUGCCAGACCUGGAAAAGGCCACCGCUCUCUACCGGGAUGUCCUGGGGGCCAAGGUCAGUGCCACUGAGCCCCUGCCGGAGCAUGGCGUGUACACGGUGUUUGUGGAGCUGGGCAACACCAAGCUGGAGCUGCUGCACCCGCUGGGGGAGAAGAGCCCCAUAGCCGGCUUCCUGCAGAAGAACAAGUCCGGCGGCAUGCACCACAUCUGCAUAGAGGUUGAUGACAUUAAGGCGGCCAUUUUGGCUCUGAAGGCCAAGAACAUCCGCAUGCUGUCUGCAGAGCCGCGGAUAGGGGCGCACGGCAAACCAGUCAUGUUCCUGCACCCCAAAGACUGCGAUGGGGUCCUGGUGGAACUGGAGGAGGCAUAGUCCACCCAUAACACCCAUCCCAGUGCCUGUCAUUGUUGACCCAGAACUCUACAGAACAUCUCUGCCCAAUAGUUAGAGGUCAAUGAAAAGCAAAGGGGAUUUAUUCCGAGUAUUUGGUUUAUUGACUAGCCAAAUGAGGUAAAUGCUGAGUAAGUGGUUUCUCUUUCAUAAUACACCAGUGGUGUUGAUGUAUGCCACACCAUAAAAACUGAAUUGAUGCGCUGAAACAUCAUUGGUACUGAAAGUUAGUAUCCAAAAUUACGUACUUGAGCAUCAUUGGUAUCAAUUGAGUUAAGAAGCCUACAAUUCACACAGUUAAUUGCACCUUCUUGGCUACAUCUCAAACCUCCUACUCGGAACACCUCAGUAGUAUCUGACAUGUAGUAUCUGAAUAAGUUAACCAUGGGCAAGUGGUACAUUUCCUUGAAUGGCAGUCUCUUGGCUUUUGUUCUGCCAGCAGAAUACAGUUAGACAGCUAAGGCGUCUUAAGGGAUGUGUGACUUACUUGGAAAUGUUAUCAGGUUUAAUCAGAUCAAUUAAAUCUCGUAUUGGGAAAAACAAACUUUCUAUGGACUGCUGUACAGAGGCCCAAUAGCUCUUCAGUGGUCUCAAUUUAGCGUUCAAGUUCACAAAUACAGACUGACUUCAGUUCAACUGUCAAAGUCAAAAAUCAUUUGUGAAGGAAAGAGCCAAGAAAACAUGCAACAGAGCUUUUUUGUUUGUUUGUUGGUGUGGGGGAUGUUUUCUUUGACCCGUUCGGUCUGUCUUUUGUAGCCCAUUGUGGACCCUCUAGUUCCUGCUAGGGAUGUUAACCGGUAACCGGUUAACCGAUAGUCGACCGAAUCAACGAUAACCGGUUAACCGGUUUCUACCACCGGUUAACCGGUAAUACUAAUUCUAAUAAUAAUUUCCUCCCAAAAGGCCCCCAAAAACUAUAAUUUUGAGGUUUUGGUACGAUAAUUCAGCAUUUUCCAUCUGGCGACACUGGCUGGACAUGACAGGUCCUGUCUGAGCAGCAAAAAGAAAGGCUUAUGUGAAAAAUAAAAUGUUAAAAAUUCAGUGCUGUGCCUAUCAGGCACGCGAACGUUAUAUCAUUUAAGAUUGCCGGUUAACCGGUUAACCACCGGUUAAUGAGUCUCAGUAACCGGUUAAGAUAUUUUUACAUUUUCGCCAUCCCUAGUUCCUCCACCAUUAAAUAUUAUAUAUUGUUAAAGCAAGGGUUAAAACACACACACACACACACACACACACACACACACACACACACACACACACACACACACACACACACACACACACACACACACACACACACACACACACACACACACACACACACACACAGGUGUUUGAUUUGAUCUUUGUUUUACUGUGUUUGUUCUGUUGUAUCUUCUUUUCUUCAUAUUUUGGAAUUAUUCAUAAUACGCCAGUGUCAAUUGCCUUAAAGACUUAACUGUUCAAAUUGUCCUCCAACAACUCGUUGCGGACUAUGAUGGGCAGUCCCUUUGUAUAUUCUUCUGGCCAUAGGCCCGGGACAUGCUUGCCACAGGAUAUGUGUGCGAAAGUGUUGCCAUGCGUAUUUUAUGUCAAACACCUAGCACAAGGUAUGAAGAUGCAUGCAUACGGUGGAAUAUCGAUGCGCAGCAAGCAUGUCCCUGGCAAUAACCACAACACACACACGCACGCACAAACCAACCCACACACAUACAUGCCUAACAGAGAGACUUUUUAACAUGUUGAUUUGUUGAAUCAACAAAGGGAAUUUUGAGAUGGAGAAUUUCUGUGAAAUAAAUGAAUCAAAAAUCA